UUCAAGUGAUUCAGCAUAUGUCUGUCCACUGUGUUAUUUUUCCUCUCCAGUAGCGACUUUUUAAAGCAACAGGAUGUUUUAAGACGAGUGACGAAGGACACACUUAAUUUGACUGAGAGCUUCAGGUGGUUAGGAGAUGGCAGGAAAGAUAUCCAAAGAAGAGCUGGAGGAGUUGCGGGAUGCCUUUGGGAAAGUCGAUUUAAACGGCAAUGGCUUUAUCUGUGACUAUGAGCUCCAUGACCUGUUCAAAGAGGCCAAUCUGCCCAUGCCUGGGUACAAAGUCCGAGAGAUCAUCCAGAAACUGAUGGAAGAGGGUGACAAAGACAAGGACAAUAAGAUCAGCUUUGAUGAGUUUGUGUCUAUCUUUCAAGAGCUGAAGAGCAGUGACAUAGCAAAGAGCUUCCGGAAGGCCAUCAACAGGAAAGAGGGUAUCUUGGCUAUCGGAGGCACAUCUGAGCUCUCCAGUGCGGGCACACAGCACUCCUUCUCAGAGGAGGAGAGGUUUGCUUUCGCGAACUGGAUCAACACAGCACUGGAACAAGACCCUGACUGUAAACAUGUGUUGCCCAUGAAUCCCAAUACAGAUGACCUCUUCAAGGCUGUAGGAGACGGUAUUGUGCUGUGUAAAAUGAUCAACCUGUCAGUACCUGAUACUAUUGAUGAGAGGACCAUCAACAAGAAGAAAGUUACAGCAUUCACAAUACAGGAGAAUCUUAACCUGGCUCUUAACUCGGCCUCUGCCAUUGGCUGUCAUGUGGUCAACAUCGGGGCUCUGGACCUUCGAGAAGGCAAACCUCAUUUGGUUUUGGGCCUGCUGUGGCAGAUCAUCAAAAUUGGUCUGUUUGCUGACAUUGAGCUGAGCAGAAAUGAGGCUCUGGCAGCACUGUUGAGGGAUGGAGAGACACUAGAGGACCUGAUGAAACUGUCUCCAGAGGAACUGUUGCUUCGCUGGGCCAACUUCCACCUGGAGAAUGCCGGCUGGAGCAAGAUCAACAACUUCAGCCAUGACAUUAAGGACUCUAGGGCUUAUUUCCACCUGCUCAACCAGAUCGCGCCGAAAGGUCAAAAGGAGGGUGAAGAUCGUAUUGACAUUGACAUGUCAGGCUUCAGCGAGAACGAUGACCUGAAGAGAGCCGAGUGUAUGCUGCUGCAGGCAGACAGGCUGGGCUGCAGACAGUUUGUCACGUCUACUGACGUCGUGUCUGGCAACCCUAAACUCAACUUGGCCUUUGUGGCCAAUCUCUUCAACAAGUACCCAGCGCUGACCAAACCCGAGAAUCAAGACAUCAACUGGGGACUUCUGGAGGGUGGGUGUUUUGCUCAUGAUUAUGUACAGUGCUCCCGGUGGAGCAAAUAUGUUUCUCUGUCGACUACUGGCGAGGCUCACCCAUCUGAUGCUGUGAGUACUGAAUUCCCAUCAGAUGCAGCAAGAGCCUCCUGGUCGAGCAAACCUUGCCUUUCCGUCAGACUAGAUGUGAAGCUUACCCGUCUGAUGCCGUGA